AUGUCUUCCCCAGCCCAAAACUGUAAAGUCGCCGACAUUUCCCUGGCUGCCUUCGGCAGAAAGGAAAUCGAGCUGGCUGAACACGAAAUGCCAGGUUUGAUGGCCAUCAGAGCCGCUUACGCUGACGCUCAACCUUUGAAGGGUGCCCGUAUUGCUGGCUGUCUGCACAUGACUAUCCAGACUGCUGUUUUGAUCGAGACCUUGGUCGCCCUUGGCGCUGAGGUUACCUGGUCUUCAUGUAACAUUUACUCCACUCAGGACCACGCUGCUGCUGCUAUCGCUGCUGCCGGUGUCCCUGUUUUCGCCUGGAAGGGUGAGACCGAGGAGGAGUACCUGUGGUGUAUCGAGCAGCAAUUGUUUGCUUUCAAGGACAACAAGAAGUUGAACUUGAUCUUGGACGACGGUGGUGACUUGACUACCUUGGUUCAUGAGAAGCACCCUGAAAUGUUGAAGGACUGCUUCGGUUUGUCUGAGGAGACCACUACUGGUGUUCACCACUUGUACAGAAUGGUCAAGGACGCUAAGCUAAAGGUCCCAGCCAUCAAUGUUAACGACUCCGUCACCAAGUCUAAGUUCGACAACUUGUACGGUUGCAGAGAGUCUUUGAUCGAUGGUAUCAAGAGAGCCACCGACGUUAUGUUGGCCGGUAAGGUCUCCGUUGUUGCUGGUUACGGUGACGUCGGCAAGGGUUGUGCCGCUGCCUUGAGAGGCAUGGGUGCUCGUGUCAUUGUCACCGAAAUUGACCCUAUCAACGCUUUGCAAGCCGCUAUGGAGGGCUACCAGGUAUGCCCAAUGGAGGAGGCUGCUUCGAUCGGUCAGGUCUUCGUUACCACUACCGGUUGCAGAGACAUCAUCACUUCCGAGCACUUCUUGGCCAUGCCAGAGGAUGCCAUUGUUUGCAACAUCGGUCACUUCGACAUUGAGAUUGACGUCGCUUGGUUGAAGGCCAAUGCUAAGGAGUGUGUCAACAUUAAACCUCAGGUUGACCGUUACUUGCUAUCUUCUGGUAAGCACAUCAUCUUGCUUGCCGAUGGUAGACUAGUCAACUUGGGUUGUGCUACCGGUCACUCUUCCUUCGUUAUGUCGUGCUCCUUCUCGAACCAAGUUCUAGCUCAGAUCGCUUUGUUCAAGGCUCACGACAACGAGUUCAGACAAAAGUACAUCGAAUUCCAGAAGACUGGUCCAUUCGAAAUCGGCGUCCACGUUCUACCAAAGAUCUUGGACGAGGCUGUCGCUAAGUUCCAUUUGGACAAGUUGGGCGUGCGUUUGACCCAGCUUUCUAACGUCCAGUCCGAGUACUUGGGUAUCCCAAGUGAGGGUCCUUACAAGGCUGACCACUACAGAUACUAA